AUGGCCAAGGGAGUUGACUGCCAGGCAGGUCCUGUGCAACAAAAGCCAAGGCCAACAAAUCACCGCAUUGCAGAACUAGAACAGGAGAACGAGAUACUUCGACAGCAAUGCACUCAGCUACGGAACGGCAAUGCCGGACCAGCUGCGAGAGUUCAAUCAGAACAAGCGAGUCCGAUUACAUUGGCCAGCCCGCGAACCCCAUUACCAUUCUCAAGACUAGGAGGUGGUAUCGGUCUCUCGCGGAAUGAUUCUUCCAACCAAACCAGAGACGCAUCGCGUCCAGAAGUUCCGGAAAACGACCACCGGAAUACAUCGCUGUAUCAUGGCCCAACAAGUACAGUAUACGAUGAUACGAGUCCGAAUUAUAGUGGGAACAAUCGCCCAACUUCAGAGAAUCAUUCCAAUGAAGAGAUGACACGGCAUCUUCUCUUCUCUCAGACCGCAAGACAGAGGCAACUAGAAUCCCUCAAUCUAGCUGCAGGAACCCUCGACUUUGACAGCGUCGAUCCCGAGAUAGGCAUUCAUCUGCUCUCCAUAUACUGGAGUCGUCAACUCUACACAGCACAAAUAAUUUACCGGCCAGCAUUCAUGCGAGACAUGGCCUGCGAAGGACCGUAUUUUUCCAAAUUACUACUGAAUGCGAUAUUCUUUGUGGUAUCAAAGCAUUGUGACAGUCCCGAGCUUCGCUCUGACCCAAACGAUAUUACUACCGCAGGAUGGAAAUUCCGUCAACGGUUCACUCAACUUCUCCGGGACUGUUUUGACAAGAGCGAGAUCACCACUCUCCAGGCAUUGCUGAUUAUGUCUAAUGCUCUUUUCUCCCGAUGUGACGAGAGGAGUUUGUCGUGGCUUUAUGCUGGCAAUGCGUUCAACAUGUUUAUUGAUCUGGGAUUGCAUGUGCUUCCUUCCCCGGACAGUAUCCCUGCUGAAGAACUUGAAAUUCGGAAGCGAGUACUUUGGGGGGCAUACCUGAUCGAUAAGAUUCAAUGCCUUUUCCAAGGCAGACCGCCUCUUCUUAACCACGUUAAUAUGCGGGCAUCGUUGGAUUUCCUGGAUGAUUUCGAUGAACUUGAGCCUUUUCAGGAUAUUUCAUACACGACCAUCAAGCCAUAUAAAGUGGUUCCAUCAUUGAACGUAUCUUUGCUAACAAAUUUCUGCGAGCUGACAACAAUUGUCGAACGAAUUCUCUGCGAAAUCUAUUCCGAAUCUCGAGACUCGAGCCUCACUCAUAGAGAGAGUGUCUCGGAGGAUAUCAAGUCCCAACUGAGAAGAUGGAGACAAAACCUGACACCUCAGCUUGACUAUCUAUCCUUUCCAAACCAAUCGGUUCUUCUGCCUCAGUCAGCCUGCCUUCUGGCUCUGUUCAAUGUGUUGAUCAUUCUCGUACAUCGCCCAUUAAUCACAGGAGGCCAGGGCGGCGUGAUAAAUUCAACAACCGCACAUGAAUCAGUCAACGCCUGCACGUCGGCUGCAAAUCAAAUUGUUCAAAUAUUGCAUGACUACUCCCAGCAUUUCUCAUUGAGCAGUGCGCCAUAUAUGCUCUCUUAUGCCACUUACAUCAGCGCGACUAUCCACGCUCGGAUAGUUGCACAGAAGGGAAGCAACUCUACCGUCUUUCAGUCUUUGGUACUAUGUCGCAAUAUCCUAGUCGAGCAUACGCGUUUGUAUGCUGCAGCAGAAAAGGCAAAGGAGAAUCUAGAUAAGCUGAUUUCUCAUCUGGGGAUCGGUGCCCCGGAUGAUAAUCAGCGCACUAGUACUUCCGUGCAGAGUCUGCCGGGUGAAAGUAUUGUCAUAGAGGACUCAAAUAUUUCAACUGGCGAACAAGGGUUCUCAGACCGUGCUGUUGGUUUCGGAUCUCCUUUGUUAAAUUUGGAAUUGUCCGAUCUCGACCUUGAGGCAAUUGCCCAAGGCUUCCAGGUCGAUGUCGAGUCACUUUCCUUUUGGCAUUCUCUUGGCGCAUGA